AUGAGUUGGCAAGGAUACGUUGAUCAGAGUCUGAUAGGCACUGGAAAGAUUGACAAGGCCGCUAUCUUCAGUGCUGCUGGUGACUCUGUAUGGGCUGCGAGCCCUAACUUUGCGGUCAAGCCUGAAGAGGUCCAGGCCUUAAUUCAAGGCUUUGCGAACCCUGCACCCCUCUUUGAAAAAGGCUUCCAUAUAGGCGGAGCAAAGAACUUCUGCAUCAAGGCAGAUGAUAGGAGCAUUUACGGAAAGCAGGGCAAGGAGGGAGUUUGUUGCGUCAAGACAAAGCAGGCUAUUCUGGUCACCCAUUACCCAGAGACCGUUCAGCCUGGAGAGGCAGCAAAGACAGUUGAGCAACUCGCUGAUUACCUGAUUGGUGUGGGGUACUAG